AUGGCCUCGUCACGGCGGCUCUGGGCGGCGUUGCAAGGCGUCAUCUGCGUGCACAAGCCGGCCGACACGCACUUGGCAAGUCUGAAAAAGCGGAUAAUCGCCCAAAUUGUCGAGCAGGGCAACCAGGCCUGGGAGGGGCGACCGCCCAAGGAAAUUGAGCUGCCGAUUGUAACAGAAGGCGAGAGCGGGGCCAUUUGGAUCACCGGGACGAAGAAACAGCCGGAUUAUAGUGAACAUCCCCUCGUCGUGGGCCCGAUGCUGCACCCACAGGAUGUGCUCGUCGAGGAGCUGGGCGAUAUGGAGCCGACGACGUCCGGCAUUUGUCUACUCGGGCUGAAUGAUGGGUGUGAACAACUGCCGGGGAUUCUGGAGCGCGCCUGGCCGUCUCGAUAUCGUUUGGAGGGGAUACUCGGCAGGCAGACAGUCGAUAACGAGAUCAAGGGCCGCGUGAUGGAGAGCGGCCAAUACGAGCCGGUCAGCCGGGGCCGCAUGCAGAAAGUCAUAUCAAAGAUGCUGGCCAACUUCCGGCGCCUCUCCUUCGAGCUGAGCGGCGUUGAUGCGCAAAGCGAAGCAGCGUUCGAAAUGGCGAGAAAAGGGAUCCCGAGGCCGUCGAUUCCCGGCCAGCUGCUCGUGCAGAAAAUGGAUUUGGCCGUUUGGGCACCGCCAUAUUUUGCGCUGGAUUUGACCUGCUCGGGCGAGACGGACGCGACGCUGCGGAACUUUGUGCUGCAAAUCGGCGGUUCUGUGGGCACCGUGGCAUCACCGACGAAGCUGAUCCGGCUGGGCGUGGGCCCAUUUUUGCCCGAGCACGCCCUCCUGUGGAAGCAGUUGAAUUUGCAAAAUAUUGUCCGAAAUAUUGCGGCCAACCGGAAGAUGCUCACCGACUUCAAGGCGGACCAGUCGCCCGUUUUCGAGGAGGCCGAGCCGGUCAGCGUGGUCAAGGGGCUGCUCGACACGAAGAAGUUGAACAGCGCCGACGACGAGGAGGUGGAUGCGAUGCGGCCGUACUGGGGACGAGAAUAUGAAAAA